AUGUGUUCAUUAAUCCAUUUCUUCUUUCAACAAGCCACUGUUAAUAAUCAACCGGUUCAAUUUUCAUCAGGUACAUUCGUUCUCUAUGAUUCGACUCAACGUCUUUUUUCUCGACUAAUGAUGGCCAAAAAUAUGCAAAUUCACAGUGACGAACAUCGUUCGGGUUAUAUUCUUCGUCUUCGACAUUUUGCUCGCGAUGCGAUAGUAUCGAUAUGGCAAAGAUUCUCAGGUCAUCAAUACUCGAUCCCAUUGCCUUUCAUCUAUUUACGCGGUGAUGAAUCGUCUCAUUUUCAUGAACGUGGGACCAAAUAUGAACGAUGGUAUGAUUAUCCAGCUUAUGGUGCAGAUAUUCGGCAUGGAUGUCUACCAAAUUAUUUCGGUCAUAUCUUAUUCGGUGAUCGCAUCUACAUUAAACCCGAAGAAUACGGAUUGCAACGAUUUCCACAUUAUAUUGCACAUGCCGGCCAUUAUUUCCGAUCAGUAUCACAAAUGUUUCUGUGUCGAUGGAUCGACCGUUGGAAUACGAAAUUAUGUGUACGAGACGGAAUUUUUCACGAAUGGACAGAUCGCAUCUGGAUUAAACAGUGGGAACAUAUAUUGAGUACUUUAACUCAAGUUGAAUUGCGUCGAAUGCGUGAUCAAGCUUUAUCGAACGGUAUUCAAGAGAUUUAUCGGCAGACGCUUCUAUUUCCAUCGUGGCCACAUGUCGAAGAGUUUCGUACAAAACUAGAAUAUCACUAUGGCUUGGAUGUUAGUGCACGUAAAGGCAAUGAGAUCAUUCUGACAACUGAACAACUUUUAAACAUUCAAGCCACAUGUGAUUCAUCUACUGACAAUGCCAAUUCACUAUUGUGA